CGAAGACUGAAGAGUAAACGGCGCCGUUAACCGUUUGCUUUUCUUCCCGUUACCUUGUCCUCCAAGAUCUCUACAGCUAGAAAAGCGAGACUGCAAAUCGCAGAGCCAGAGAUCGGAAGAAACUGAGAUCAAACAGCUAUGGCUAGAUACGAUAGAGCAAUCACCGUUUUCUCUCCCGACGGCCAUCUUUUCCAGGUGGAGUACGCCUUGGAAGCCGUACGAAAGGGUAACGCUGCUGUCGGGGUCCGAGGUACUGAUACUGUCGUCCUCGGCGUCGAGAAGAAAUCCACUCCCAAAUUACAAGAUUCCAGAUCUGUAAGAAAGAUUGUGAGUCUAGACAAUCACAUUGCAUUGGCUUGUGCUGGACUCAAAGCAGAUGCACGUGUUCUAGUAAAUAGGGCACGGAUUGAGUGCCAGAGCCACAGGCUCACUGUGGAAGACCCUGUAACUGUUGAGUACAUAACUCGCUAUAUCGCUGGACUUCAGCAAAAGUACACCCAAAGUGGUGGUGUGAGACCGUUCGGUCUUUCCACCUUGAUUGUUGGUUUUGACCCAUACACAGGUGUCCCGUCUCUUUACCAGACAGAUCCAUCUGGAACAUUUUCAUCAUGGAAGGCCAAUGCAACAGGGAGGAACUCCAACUCAAUUCGGGAGUUUCUGGAGAAGAACUAUAAGGAUACAUCUGGCCAGGAAACUGUGAAGCUAGCCAUUCGUGCUUUGCUCGAAGUGGUUGAAAGCGGUGGAAGGAACAUAGAAGUAGGUGUGAUGACAAAGGAGCAUGGACUGAGACAACUAGAGGAAGCAGAAAUUGAUGGCAUUGUGGCUGAGAUUGAGGCUGAGAAAGCAGCUGCGGAAGCUGCCAAGAAGGCUGGUCCUUCAAACCAAACCUAAGCUCUACCUACUUUCCAUUCAAUCUUUCCUUCCAAAUACCUCAGAGAUUUGUGAUUUGCUUCAAUCGCUCUCUGCCUUUCACCAUGGCUGGACUUCUCAAGUGCGAAGGAAGCUUCAUUCCGACCUGGAGUAAUAUUCUAUUUUAUAUGCUUCAAUAUCUCAAAUUGGCCGGUUUAGUCAAAUUGCACGAGGGGGGAAAAUCGAAAACAUUCAAAACUUCCUAGUUUUGAAAUUCCUGUAAAUGGAAGAAAGACAACGUGAAUGAUAAUUCCAUUUCCUUGAAUGAAAAGUGGCAAGACUUUAAGCUACAACCAAAUUACAAAAGGAAAUUACCCAAAAUAGGAGCAAAUGACAUUUGGAAUUCCAAAAAUAGAACUAGUAUGUUUUUCUUUCCGAAAUAGAAGUUAUUACUGUCAUGUAUGAAAAAUAUUGUCAUGGCUACAAGAUGACAGUAAAUACUGCAACUAUUUGGCAGUCACGGUUACAAGAUGACAGUAAAUAUUCAGUAAUAAAUAUUGUCAUGGAGUAAUAAAUAAUGUUAAAUGCAUUGUACUGCAACUAUUUGGCAGUCACGGCUACAAGAUGACAGUAAAUACUCAGUAAAUACUGUCAUGUUAGUCCCAUUUCGGGAAUAAAAACAAAGUAGUCAUAUUUUGGAAUUUCAAAUUUCAUUUACUCAUAUUUCGGGAAAUCUCCCAAUUACAAAUCUAAAAUCUACUCUUUUUCUUGAAAAACUUGUUCUUUUCUUUCCCCAGUUUAAGGAAAUCUUACUACGUUUCUUUGAGGGAUUCGUGUGAACUAUGCCUUGUUUUUUGAAGUGUC